CGCCCGCCCUCAGUCGCGCUUGCGGAGCCGCAGCCGAGCGCAGGGCGCAGCGCUGUCCCUUCAGCACCGCUCCCGUGCGCCUUACCGCGCUUCCCAACUAACGAAACCUUUCCCCCGCCUCGCCUCCACCGCCCCCGCCCCCCCAUCCCCCCAAGCCGCAGCGCCCGGCCCGAGCCGCCGCCAGUGACCGCGUGGUUUGCAGUCUGGAAAACAAGGUCCAAGAAUGGUGAAGCUGGGGAGUAAUUUGAAUGACAAGAACAGCAAACAACCAUCCAACGAAGAUGGUUUUCAGACGGUUCCUUUGAUCACACCAUUGGAAGUAAAUCACCUGCAGUUCCCGGCUCCGGAAAAGGUAAUUGUGAAAACAAGAACAGAAUAUCAGCCUGACCAGAAGAACAAAGGAAAACUCAGAGUGCCCAAAAUUGCUGAAUUCACAGUCAGUUUCACUGAUGGUGUAACAGAAAGACUAAAGGUCACUAUUCUCAUAAGUCUGGCUCUUGCAUUCCUUGCCUGCAUAGUGUUUCUCGUGGUAUACAAAGCCUUUACUUACGACCACAGUUGCCCAGAUGGAUUUGUUUAUAAGCACAAGCGGUGCAUCCCGGCCUCACUGGACGCGUACUACUCUGCACAGGAUUCCAACUCCCGGGGCAGGUUCUACACCGUCAUCAGCCACUACAGCAUGGCCAAGCAGACCAGCUCCCGAGCUGUAUCGCCCUGGCUGCCCUCAGGAUCAGCAAACCACGAAGCCAAGGCUGCCAAGACAGAAGGUCAUUAAAGUUAACCAGUGGUGAUGGGCAAAGUAGGAGGGUGGGAGGACGACACCACGUGCGUGCUGCGUUGCUCUAGCUGAGGGUGCUGUGCUAACAGCAUGACAAGAAUAAAUAAACCCCAAGUGCAGGAGUCAUCUUAAUGGAUAUUUCUUUUUGUGCAUUGUUCUUGUUGAUUUGUAACCAAGUCAAGCUCUUGUACAAAGGCAUGUUUGAUGUUGACUGUACCUUACGAUGUAAAAAUAUUUUUAAAUCAUUGCUUAACUAUUUGUUAGAAAAAGAAAUUAAAAAACAAAAAAAGCAAAUGAGGUAAACAGCCAGAGAGAGGAUAAAAGCAGCAAAGAAAAUCCCACAAAGUUUUAUCAUUGCUGGAAAGCUGUGACAGAGGCUUGAUGUGCAGUGCAGGAAGAGCUGAAGUCCUUUAGA